CUUGCUUCAGCAAGGGAGCCACGGCCAGCUCGUCGGGUCGGCCCAGACUCCUCGCGCCGCCUUCGACCGGUCCGCCUCGCAGGCGUGGUGAGCUAGGUCGGCCGGCGGCGUGUGCUUAUCCCCUUCCUCGUAGCUUUGCCGGCAUGACCACCGAGCGCGGAUCCGGCGGCCACCGCCCUGCUCCGAGCGGAUCCGACCGCCACCACCCUGCUCCGCGCGGAUCCGGCCGCCACCGCCCUCCCCCGCACCGCGCAGGCGCGUGCGCCGCUCUAUCCGCCGGCCUGGAGCACGGCCGGAGGGAGCACGGAGCAGGGGAGAGCCAGGCCGAGCACGGCACACGCCGCCGCCUCCGUCGGCACCCGGGCCUCCGCCAGGACCAUCAAGCCGACCCACGUCGACGCCGAGGUUCAGGAGACCGGGCCGAGCCGCUGUCUCAUCAUCCAGCAGCGCGCGGGCGGCUUGUCCCCGUCCCCGUCCCCGCGCUCCUCGUCGCUACCGGCGGAGACAAAGAAGAACACCAAUCGAGCCCUCCGAAGCAACGCACAGGCAACGAAGAAGAAGAAGAAGAAUCGAAUCAGCAGGUUAUGAUAUCUGUAACCCAGAUUUACUCGGUAUGGAGGAUGCGUUAGCUACAGCUAAACCUCAGUCAUCUGAUCACCAACCUCCUCUGCCGAAUGAAGAAGCUCGGGCUGUUACCAAUAAAGUAGACAGUGAAGUUCACCCGAACGAGAUUUAGAAUUGAUUAUUUCGAUGUUCCUAAAUUUUCUUAACUCCUUAUUUAUGUUAGCCUUAAUGCUAAACAA